GAUACAUUCAUGGCUCGUCAACAGAAAAAGAGUACACCUAAGAAGCCCUCUCAUAACUUUAAGGGAAAGAAGCAUGCAAAUGAAAAAGCUUCUCUUGCCAAGUCCUUUAAUCGUGACGUUUUUGUUGCAGAAGAAGAAGACGAUCGUCGCAAGGGACACGAUUUUGAUGAAGUUGAGAAUCUCGAAUACGACGCUGGAGAAAUUGCUGAAGAAGACGAUUCUGAAAUCGAUUCUGACGAAGCUUUCGAUGAGUCUGAUGAAGAGCGUUUUGCAGACUAUAAAUUUGCUGAAUCCAGCAAGAAAAAGAAACCUGUCAAAAAGACAAGUACUUUGGAUGAAGGCGAAAUUGAUAUGAAUGAGGAUUCUGAUGAAGAAGACGAUGGGUCUGAUGUUGACGGUGAAGGUUUUGUUGAUCUUUCUCAAAUGCUUGAAAACAAUGACGACGAGGAUGAACCAAUCCAACAACAACUAGAAGAAGACGACGACAGUGAGGACGAUGAAGCAUUCCGUGGGUUUGAUGAUAUUGAAGAUGAAGAAGAGUCUGAAGAUGAUAAAGACAUGGAAAUUGAUGAAGAUAAAGUCGCUGAUCUUAUUAGCAGUUUAGACUCCAAGAAGCGUAGACGUGCUAAUGAUGAAGAAGGCAAUGCAAAGAAACGUCAACUCAAAGAAAAGAGCGAAGCUUACAAAGAAAGCGAAUUUAACUUGACCACUCGUGAAGAAGACGAUAAUUCCAAGAAAUUAAGUCUUUCUGAUUUAAUGGGUACUGUGGAAGAUGAAUCUAGUCUUGGUGUCUUAAAGACUGGGUUAGAAACCUUAGCUGGCAAAGGCAAGAACUUGACUCGUCGUGCUUUAGAUGCACCCUUAGCAAAGCGUGUCCAAGACCGUCUUGAAAGACAAGCUGCUCUUACUUCUGCGAAUGAAGAAAUUUCUAAAUGGCAGCCUACUGUCAAAAUGAAUCGUGAAGCUGAACAUCUUGUUUUCCCUAUGCAAGAUACCAGUGUUGCUCCUAAAGAAAGCCGCACAAGUGCUGCCAUGGCAAGCAAAUUUAAGGCCGAAACUCCCCUCGAACAACAAAUUGCUGAAGCUCUUGCUCAAGCUGGCAUGAAAGAUGAAGAACUAGAAGAGUUUGAAGCUCUUAAAUUAAACAAGUUGACAGUGGAAGAAGUAGAAGCUAGACGUAAAGAGCUUCGUAUGAUGCGUGAAUUGAUGUUCCGUCAUGAAGUUAAGAAUAAGCGUCUUAAGAAGAUCAAGAGUAAAAGCUACAGAAAGUUACAGCGUAAAGAAAAGGAGAAAAUGGCUCUCCAGAUUAAUGAAAUUGAUCAUGAGAUGGAUCAAGAAGAUAAAAUGGAGGCUGCCAUGAGUAGAGCUGAAGAGCGUAUGACAUUGAAACAUAAGAACACUAGUAAAUGGGCCAAGCGUGCUUUAGCUCGCGGUACUCAAGAUGAAGGAACUCGCGAAGCUAUUAUGGAGCAGUUGCGUCGUGGUGAAGAAUUGCGUCGUCGUAUUGGCGAUGAUGAUGAAUCGGAACAAGAAAGUGAUGAAGCUGAAGAUGAUGAAGAGUAUGUAAACAACCAAUUGAGCAAAUUGAACGAAGAAUUCAAUCAAGAUACCCAACCUACUAAAGGCUUGAUGUCCAUGAAGUUUAUGCAAGAUGCUGCCAAGAGACAAUUAGAUGCUACUAAACAAGACCUUGCUACAUUUGAAAAAGAAUGGCUUGCUGCAGAUAGUGAUGAUGAUGAUGUAGAAAAGAAGGAGGAGCAUUAUACUGUGAUUGCUAACAAUCCUGGUCGAAUGGCUUUUGGUGCUAAAGCCAAGCAAGUGAAGAAGUCCUCAGAAAAAGAAGAGGAAGAAGAAGAAACUAUCAAAAUCACUGUCAAUGAAGGCGGUCAGAUUAAAAAGGUUUCUCAUUCUGCUGCACACAACACUCGUACCACAGCACCUGUAGAAACCAAGAACAAAAGCCCCUUGGCUGAUUUGGAUAACGAUGUAACCAAUCCAUGGCUUCAAGCUGAUACAUCUCGGCUUGCUAAGAAGGCUUCUAAAAAGAACAAGGUCACAACAGGUCAAAAUGAAAGCCGUGUUGAGCACAGCUUAUCUAAAUUAAACAAGGCCAAGAAAGAUAUUGAAGCAACCAACGACACAGACGACGUUGAACUUGACCUCACUAAAGUGAUGACCAUCAAGAAGAAGUCAACACCUGCAAAAGCCAGUGUGGCUUCAGCUAAGCUUGCCAAGGGUGAAUCCGAAUCUGAGUCAGAAGACGAAAGCGAUGAUGAAAACGAAAGCAAUGUACAAAUGGUUCAUAAAGAUAGAGUUUCGUUCAAUCAAAAAGAGCUUGUUGCAAGAGCAUUUGCACACGACGACGUAGUGACCGAAUUUGAAGAUGAAAAGAGAGCUGAAGUGGAAGAAGAUGGCGAUAAAGUAGAAGAUUUGACUUUGCCUGGUUGGGGCUCUUGGGGUGGUGCUGGCGUCAAAAAGAAUAAAAAGAAGAAGAUUUUGAAGGUGACAAAAGGCAUUGAAGCUGAUAAGAGAAAGGAUGCCAAGUUAUCUCAUGUCAUUAUCAAUGAAAAGAUGAACAAAAAGGCUGAAAAAUAUCAAACUACUUCUGUGCCUUUCCCUUUCAAGACAAUGGAACAAUACGAAAGAUCUAUUAGUACUCCUGUUGGUAGUGAAUGGAACACUCGACAAACUUUCCUGAAGUUGACUAAGCCUAGAGUCAUCACUAAGCUUGGUAAAGUCAUUGAUCCUCUCAAAGCUCCCUUUGCAUAAUAACAAUAGAUAUAUACAUUCAUACAUUUCAUUUCAUGUAAAGCAAAAAAGAAUAAUUAUUUUUUCAGCUGCGCUUUGUUUUUAUUUGACUUUGUACCUCUUUUGCAGAAGUCUUACGGACAUAAAAAAACGACUUACAGUUCUUGAUGGAAAAGAAUUCAUUAUUAAUGUGUUUCUUUUUCAAGCCAAACUAGAUUCAAAUAAGCAAGCACAGCAAUAAAUCGAG